AUGGCAUCCUCUUCCAACAAUCCACCACUCGCACCCCGCUACGGCCUCGGUCGCGCCAGCGGUCCCAGCGGCGCCCCAGCCACAUUCACCACACCCGCCGCGCCGUACGGAUCGAGCGCGAAGACACAGCAAAGACUCGAAGCUGAGCGGCUAGAGCGGGAGCGGAAAGUCCGGGAGGAGAGAGAGAGGUUAGAGCAAGCAGGGCAGAACAGUCUCGCAGAAUUGAGCGAGGAGCAGAGAGAAGAGAUCACGGAAGCUUUCAAUCUCUUCGACCUGGACAAAGACCAGUACAUUGAUUACCACGAACUCAAAGUCGCCAUGCGCGCCCUAGGCUUCGACCUCCCCAAGCAAGAAAUCCUCUCCAUCCUUCAAACCCACGGCGUACAAGCUGCGCCACCCGCACAACCAACCUCUUCCAAGGCGAAGCAGGCCGCGCAGCAGGCUUAUCGGGCUCCGCCAAGGUUACUGCUUCCUUUCCAGACUUUCCAGACACUCAUGGCCCAGCGAAUAUUGAGUAGAGAUCCGACCGAGGAGAUUAUACGCGCAUUCGAUUUGUUCGAUGAGGGCGGAAAGGGGAGGAUUACCUUGCAGGAUUUACGACGGGUGGCAAGGGAGCUCGGGGAGGGUCUACAAGAGGAGGAGCUGGUUGCUAUGAUUGAAGAGUUCGAUAUGGAUGGGGACUCCGCGAUAAGUAGGGAAGAGUUCAUCAAUAUCUGCUUGGGCUGA